AUGGACGUCAAGUGUGCAUUUUUAAAUGGAUAUCUUGAGGAAGACGUCUAUGUGGAACAACCUCCUGGAUUUGAAAAUCCAAAGUUCCCAAAUCAUGUCUACAAGCUUGACAAGGCCCUUUACGGACAAAAGCAAGAUCUUAGAGCAUGGUAUGAAAGAUUGUCUAAGUUCGUUCCUAAAAAUUCCAAAGGAGUCACACCUUAUUGCUGUGAAAAGAAUCCUUCGGUUUUGAAAGGAACCAAUGACUUGGGUCUCUUCUAUCCAAGAAGUGAUCCAAGAAAAAGCACAUUAGGUAUGGCACAGUUCUUAAGACCAUGCUUAGUGUCUUGGGGUUCCAAGAAGCAGCACACUAUUGCUUUCUCCACAGCUGAAGUUGAAUAUGUAGCUAUAGUACCUUGUUAUUCUUAA